GUGGAACACUGCCGUUCCUUCGCAUCGAAACAGUUGCCAUUUCACUAAUUUGCCUUCUUGCUUCUCUACUCCGUGUCAGCGCAGCACAUUUGCCGCACAAAUAUAACUGGCGCUUUGAUCUCGCUCGUCGCUGCAUAGCACGCUUUUCUGCCGAUAUUUUUCCUUGCCGCCCUAAUCUCCUAAAAUGGCCGACGACGAUGCCUGGCAAGAGGAGGAGGAGAAAUCCAAAUCCAAGCGUCAUGAAGAGGCAGGCGAAGAAAAGACCGAGGCCCAAUUGCUGAUCGAGGCUAAACAGCGCAAACAUGAAGAGGAAGAAGCGGCACGUCUGCGUGAGCUGGAAGAGCAGCGCCGUAUUGAGCGCGAGAAGGAAGAAGACGAGUUGCGCCGCCUGAAAGAAAAACAGGCCCAACGCAAAAAGGAACGCGAGGAAGAAGAACGGAAACUGGAAAUCCAGCGCCAGGAAGCUGAAGAGCAGCGCAAACGCGAAGAGGAGCAACGCCGUCAAGAAAAGGAACUGGAAAAGCAGCGCAAGCAGGAAGAGGCCGAGCGUAAGAAGGCCGCUGCUGCUGCCGCCAUGGUCGGCGGUCGCAACUUUACCAUCAACAAGGAACAGGGCGAAAGCUCUAUGGAAAAGUUUAUGAACAUCUCCAAAGCCAAGACCGAGAUGGGUCUCAAUGCCAACGAACUGGAGGUGCUGAAACGCCGCACCGUGGAGGACCGUGUCAAGCCGUUGUCCGUCUCGGAUUUGGACUUUAAGGGACUGCAGAGGAAGGCCGAGGAACUGUGGAAGCAAAUCGUCCAGCUGGAGACGGCAAAGUACGAUCUGGCGGAACGUGCCAAGCGCCAGGAAUAUGACUUGAAAGAACUGAACGAGCGUCAGCGCCAGAUCAAUCAGAAGAAGUACGCCGCCCAGGGUUUGGACGUGGAGCAGAACACCCGUCACCCGCCCAAGGUGCAGAUCAUCAGCAAGUAUGAGCGCCGCACUGAUCGCCGUACCUUCGGCGAUCGCAAGGGUCUCUUUGAUGGGUCGCAGAUUAAAGAUGAUAAACCCGAACUGAACAAACCUAAAGGUGUCCGCCGUGACAACUGGAUUAAGGCCAAAGAGACGGAGGAGAAACGCGGAUCCCGCCAAUAUGCCGAUGAAGAGGACGAAUCGCCUACCUACAGCCAACCUACUCGCCAUGAAGAAGAACCAGAACAGGAAGAAGUGGCGGCGGAAGACGAGGAAUAGAAGAGUCACCAAAGAAAGUAGUUUCCUUCCAGCUGUCUGACUAAAAUUGGCUCUCGCUGUUAACGAUAGACUCCGGUGCAAAUAUGUGGUCUUAACCGUCUUAUACGCCAUACGUAUACUUAUUCAUUUCAUCAAGGCAAAUCAGAUGGGGUUGUUACCGCUAAGAAUGAACUUAAUAAUGGCGCCACUAGUAUAAUAAACGCAGCAUUUUCAA